UUUAACGUAACUUAGAUCGCAGCAGCAGUCGCAACCGCCGUCGCGUACAAGAGUACGAUUCGUGGGAGGUAAAUAUUCCGAUCAUCGCGCGUUAUUUGCCGGCAACCGCUGCUUUUUCAGUACGCUUCUGCUAACGUUUCUCGUUGGAUCUUAUCGUCUCCCUCUGUUUUUCUGCCAGUGCUGAAAUCGGUUUCGUGUUCAGUUUCAUCGACACUGUACACGCACACACACACACAACCACCAUGUCAGCUGCUGGAAAAUUAGCUUUGUUGAGUGUCUCUGACAAGACCAAUCUUUUGCCUUUUGCCAAGAAACUUAAUGAAGUUGGAUUGACUUUGGUAGCUUCUGGAGGCACCGCCAAAUCUUUGAGGGAUGCUGGACUUCCUGUCAAAGAUGUCUCAGACAUCACCGGAGCACCAGAAAUGCUUGGUGGUCGUGUUAAAACUUUACACCCCGCUGUACAUGGAGGUAUUUUGGCAAGGCUGACAGAAUCAGAUAAGGCUGAUCUUGACAAACAACACUUUGAGUACAUUCGUGUUGUUGUUUGCAAUCUAUAUCCAUUUGUCAAAACCACCUCCAAACCAGACGUAACUAUUGAAGAUGCUGUUGAAAAUAUAGAUAUUGGUGGAGUUACAUUGCUCAGAGCAGCAGCUAAAAAUCAUUCAAGAGUAACAGUUAUCUGUGACCCCGACGAUUAUGAGAAGGUUAUCUCUGAAUUGCAAAAUUCUGCAGAGAAAGAUACUUCUUUGCAAACAAGGCAAACAUUGGCUGUCAAAGCUUUCACCCACACCGCUCAGUACGACGAUGCUAUUUCGGACUAUUUCCGUCGCCAGUACAGCUCCAAUGUUUCUCAACUCACUCUGCGCUAUGGCAUGAAUCCUCAUCAAAAACCAGCUCAGAUCUACACGACUUUGGAUAAAUUGCCUCUCCAAGUCGUCAACGGAUCUCCGGGAUUCAUCAAUCUGUGCGAUGCCCUGAACGGCUACCAGCUCGUCAAAGAGCUCAAGACGGCUCUGGGACUUCCAGCCGCUACCUCCUUCAAGCACGUCAGUCCGGCUGGUGCCGCCGUUGGCAUUCCGCUCGACGAAGUGCAAGCCAAAGUCUGCCAGGUCGAUGACCUCUUGGAUCAACUGACACCUCUGGCCACUGCUUACGCCAGAGCACGCGGAGCCGACAGAAUGUCUAGCUUCGGUGAUUUCGUUGCCUUGUCCGAUCCUUGCGACGUAGCCACUGCCAAAAUUAUUUCCAGAGAGGUGUCCGACGGCAUCAUUGCACCAGGCUACAGCGAAGAAGCUCUGGCUAUUCUCCGAAAGAAGAAGAACGGCGGCUACUGCGUGCUGCAAAUCGACCCCGCUUACGAGCCGUCGGCGUCCGAGCGCAAGAUGAUCUUCGGCUUGACGCUGGAGCAGAGGCGUAACGACGCCGUCAUCGACAAGUCGACGUUCGCCAAUCGGGUCACCAAGGACACGAACCUGUCCGAGGAGGCCCUCAGAGAUCUGAUCGUCGCGACGAUCGCCGUCAAGUACACCCAGAGCAACUCGGUCUGCUACGCCAAGGACGGUCAGGUGAUUGGCAUCGGUGCCGGUCAGCAGUCGCGCAUCCACUGCACCAGACUGGCCGGCGACAAGGCCGACAACUGGUGGCUGCGUCAGCAUCCCUAUGUCACGGGCAUGAAGUUCAAGAAGGGCGUGAAACGCGCCGAGAUCUCCAACGCCAUCGACAACUACGUCAACGGCACGGUGGGCCGCGACAUGGACCACGCGUCGUGGGCCGCUUUCUACGAGGAGGUACCGCCCCAGCUCAUCCAGAAACACAAGGAUGAGUGGGCCAAGACGCUCGACAACGUCGCCAUCAGCAGCGACGCCUUCUUCCCGUUCCGCGACAACGUCGAUCGCGCUAAGAAGAGUGGCGUACGUUAUAUCGGUGCCCCCGCCGGCUCGACCAACGAUCAGGCCGUGAUCGACGCUUGCAACGAGCACGAAAUCGUUUUGGCACACACCGGUGUCAGGCUGUUCCAUCAUUAAAUGUUACCAUAUAAUUGAUAUUUUUGUACUACCUCCAAACUUUUUUUUUGUAAUGUACUAUUACACGUCAUGUAAUGAUGAUCAUGUUUCGUUGAGAUUUUUUGAUAUAAACUUUAUAUACGAUUCAAA